AUGACAGACCUCGCGAGACAGGCAAUUGCCGAGACCUCCCAUAUCAACAUUGAUGAAUUGGUCAAGGCAAAGACUGACGACGGAAUUGGAAGAGCACAAUGCCUCAUCGACAUGCACUGGCUGGAAAAAUACCUCAUCACCCGUGGUGGUCGCUCCAAGCCCGCGGCCAUCGAGCCCCCCAACAUCGAAUGGCCCGAUAGCCCCGUCGAGCCGGUUCAGCCCACCAAGGAGGCUCUGCUCGUCCAGAAGCGCCUGCUGGAUAUCGAGCGGUUGUGCUCGCUCGCCGGGAGGUGCGGAGAGACGUCGGUGUCGGAUGUGGUGCAAACGCGGUUCCUGCGGAAGCAGACUAAGUAUGUCAAGGAUCUCGCGGACUUGCUGCAGCAGGUUUCUCGCGUGUCGAAGCAGCCUGGGGCGGGGAUUUGCGUGCUUGAUAAGGAGUUGAGGCGCAGUAAGGAACUGGUUGAAUGA